AUAGUUUUUUAAAAAGCAUUUAAAUUCCAAACUAUAACGAAAAUCUCAGAUCUGACGCGUUCGCCUCUUCUGUCGCAAUUGUCUUCCUAGAAAGAAGCUUGCGUUUAUGGCUCAAUUACGAGCGCAGAUUAGUCCUGUAAGGUUGCGAUCAUGGCUACUGGGGCACUCUUGUUCACUACUCUCGAUCAACAUCAACACGGCGAUGCAGAGGGAGUAUAUGAGCGAGGCCACUCGCCCCACUAUUGUGCAUAAACGCAGCGUCGACAUUAUUCACGAUCCAUGGUUUAACAAGGGCACAGCUUUCUCAAUGACAGAGAGGGACAGACUUGAUCUACGUGGCCUUCUACCUCCAAAUGUCAUGUCCUUGAAGCAACAAAUUGACCGUUUCAUGCUUGAUAUGAAAAGACUGAAAGACACCGUUAAAGAUGGACCAGCAGAUACUACUGCUUUAGCUAAGUGGCGAAUCCUCAACAGAUUGCAUGACAGGAAUGAGACAAUGUAUUACAAGGUUUUAAUUGACAAUAUUGAGGAGUAUGCACCAAUAGUAUACACUCCUACGGUAGGGCUGGUCUGCCAGAACUAUAGUGGCUUGUUUCGACGUCCAAGAGGAAUGUAUUUUAGUGCUUCUGAUCGGGGAGAAAUGAUGUCGAUGGUCUAUAAUUGGCCUGCAGAUCAGGUUGAUAUGAUUGUGGUUACAGAUGGAAGUAGAAUACUAGGGCUUGGAGAUCUUGGAGUGCAGGGAAUUGGGAUUGCAAUUGGAAAGCUGGACUUAUAUGUUGCAGCUGCAGGCAUGAAUCCUCAAAGGGUGCUUCCUGUGAUGAUCGACUGUGGCACAAAUAAUGAGCAGCUCCUUAAAGAUCCUUUAUAUCUGGGGUUGCCAAUCCAUAGGCUUGAUGGAGAAGAGUUUGUGUCAGUUAUUGAUGAAUUCAUGGAAGCAGUCUUCACGCGCUGGCCACAUGUGAUAGUGCAGUUUGAGGACUUUCAAAGUAAGUGGGCGUUCAAGUUACUACAGCGCUAUCGGAAUCAUUAUAGGAUGUUCAAUGAUGAUGUUCAGGGAACAGCAGGGGUUGCAGUUGCAGGUCUUCUAGGAGCAGUAAGAGCACAAGGCCGGCCAAUGUCAGACAUUGCAAAGCAAAAGAUUGUUGUUGCUGGUGCAGGCAGUGCUGGAAUAGGCGUUCUGAAUGCUGCAAGGAAGACAAUGGCAAGAAUGUUGGGUAAUACAGCUUCUGCAUUAGAAAAUGCAAGGUACCAGUUCUGGGUGGUUGAUGCAAUGGGUUUGAUAACUGAGGAGCGGAGAAACCUUGACCCCGAUGCUGCACCAUUUGCCAGAAAAGUUGAGGAACUAGGUCCUCAAGGUUUAAGAGAAGGAUCCAAUCUUGCUGAAGUGGUCAAAAAAGUUAAGCCAGAUGUAUUGCUUGGAUUAUCUGCAGUUGGUAGUUUAUUCUCAAAAGAGGUUUUAGAAGCUCUCAAAGAGUCAACAUGUACAAGACCAGCAAUCUUUGCAAUGUCAAACCCAACCAAAAAUGCUGAAUGCACGGCUCAGCAAGCUUUUGAUACUGUGGGGGAUCAUAUAGUUUUUGCUAGUGGAAGCCCAUUUCCUGAUGUAGAUCUUGGAAAUGGUAAAAUAGGCCGCUGCAACCAAGGCAACAAUAUGUACCUUUUCCCAGGAAUUGGGUUGGGUACACAUCUCUCUGGCUCUCGCAUCAUCUCAGAUGGAAUGCUUCAAGCUGCAGCAGAAUGCUUAGCUGGAUAUAUGGAAGAGAAAGAAGUAUUAAAUGGAAUUAUAUAUCCUUCAAUAUCCAGUAUUCGGGAUAUUACAAGCAAGGUAGCUGCAGCUGUUCUGACAGAAGCUGUUUCAGAGGAUCUUGCAGAGGGCUACCGUGAUACUGAUGCCAAAGCACUUUGUCGUAUGUCAAAGGAAGAGACUCUGCAACAUGUUAAAAACAAUAUGUGGGUCCCCAACUACUCACCAUUGGUUUACCACAAGCAAUGAUCACCACAGAAGGUGGCAACAGUAUGUCUUUGAAGUUUAUGUUCAAAGUGGCAACUAUGAAGCAUGAAGUGAAAUAUUUUCUGGCAAGAUUAUUAGGACGACUCCUAGCACUUGUACAGUAACUAAAUUCAUGGAGUCCCAUAUUACAUAAGAAUUGCAAUUGCAUGCUUUGUUGAAUUGCAAUUGCAUGCUUUGUUGAAUUGCAAUUGCAAUGAAGAACUUUCCUACAUGUUGUAGUGUAUGAUCUAAAUGUAUAGUUAAUACUCAUUAAUUGUUUCUGACUCUGUUAGAAUGAGUAUUUGUGGACCUUAGGUGAUCUAACCAUGAGGCUCCCCUUUCAUCAAAAUUCCUCCUCUUCGUACAAUUCCUUUAGAUCGAUCCUGGCAUCAUGUCUCUUGGAAUUGUUGUUAUUUUAAUCUGGAAGGUUCUGAUUCUUACGGAUUUUUGUGGACAGUUGGAGAUGUGUCCACAUAUAUUUCAAGUAGCUAAAAGAACUAUGUGUACUUUGGAUGAUGCUAAAAUGCUGAGUUAGUGUCACUUGCAAUUAUUGUUCUUUUGACCUGGGAAGUUCUGAUUCUUAAGUCUUUUUGUGGACAGUUUGAAAUGAAUGUCCAUGUACAUUCCUAAGUUGCUAAGAGAAUUAUGUAUACUUUGGCUAACACUAAGAUGCUCUAGUUUUUUCAUGAA